GGUGGUUGCUGGGGAGAAGGUCCUGUUCCUGCCCCCAUCUUGUAUCGUGCGGUGCGGCGUGAACUGUCCUGGUCUUUGAGCUGCGAAGUGUUGCUGAAAAUGGCCAUGCACGUCCCCAAACCACCGGGCUUUGCCCAGAUGCUUAAAGACGGUGCGAAGCAUUUUUCUGGAUUGGAAGAGGCAGUUUAUCGGAAUAUUCAAGCAUGUAAGGAGCUGGCUCAGACUACCCGAACAGCGUAUGGUCCAAAUGGAAUGAAUAAAAUGGUCAUUAAUCACUUGGAGAAACUUUAUGUUACCAAUGAUGCUGCAACUAUUUUACAACAAUUGGAGGUUCAGCAUCCUGCAGCUAAGAUGUUGGUUUUGGCUUCGCAUAUGCAGGAACAGGAGGUUGGAGAUGGAACAAAUUUUGUUCUGGUUUUUGCUGGUGCACUACUGGAAUUAGCGGAGGAACUUCUGCGAAUGGGUCUUUCCAUCUCGGAGGUGAUAGAAGGCUAUGAGGCAGCCUCCAAAAAAACUCUGGAAAUCCUUCCAGAUCUGGUAUGUUGCUCUGUUAAGAACCUGCAGGACCCAACAGAUGUAACGCCUGUUAUUCGAACUGCUGUAAUGAGCAAACAAUAUGGCAAUGAGGAUUUCCUAUCCAAGCUGAUUACACAAGCAUGUUUGUCCAUUUAUUCAGAAAAGGGUCAUUUUAAUGUGGACAAUAUUCGUGUCUGCAAAAUUCUGGGAUCUGGUGUGCUUUCUUCAUCAGUCUUGCAUGGAAUGGUUUUCAAGCGUGAGACCGAAGGGGAUGUUUCCUCUGUGAAAGAUGCCAAAAUAGCAAUAUAUUCAUGUCCUUUUGAUUGCAUGGUAACAGAGACCAAGGGAACAGUUCUGUUAAAGAAUGCAGAUGAAUUGAUGACUUUCAGCAAAGGAGAAGAGGAUCUCAUGGAGAUUCAAGUGAAGGCUAUAGCAGAUGCUGGUGCUAAUGUAAUUGUAACUGGAGGAAAAGUGGCAGACAUGGCCCUGCAUUAUGCUAACAAGUACAAGCUGAUGGUAGUUAGGUUAAACUCUAAAUGGGAUUUAAGAAGAUUGUGCAAAACAAUUGGGUCUACAGCACUUCCACGAUUGACACCUCCCACUCCAGAAGAAAUGGGAUACUGCGAUAGUGUUUACUUGUCAGAAGUUGGAGACACACAAGUGAUAAUAUUUAAGCAUGAGAAAGAAGAUGGUCUAAUUUCCACAGUUGUAAUCCGUGGUUCAACAGAUAAUAUAAUGGAUGACAUUGAGAGGGCAGUUGAUGAUGCUGUUAAUACCUUUAAAGUUCUCACGAGGGAUAAUCGCUGUUUGCCAGGUGCAGGAGCUACUGAAAUUGAACUGGCUAAACGAAUCACUACUUAUGGAGAGUCAUGUCCCGGUCUUGAACAAUAUGGUAUCAAGAAAUUUGCAGAAGCUUUUGAAAGUGUUCCACGAGCAUUGGCUGAGAAUUCUGGUAUUCGGGCUAAUGAAAUAAUUUCAAAAUUGUAUGCAGUGCAUCAGGAAGGAAACAAAAAUAUUGGAUUUAAUAUUGAGAGUGAUAGCUCAGGUCUGAGGGACAUGCUGGAGGCUGGAAUUCUGGACCCAUACUUGGUCAAAUACUGGGGAAUUAAGCUUGCUACAAAUACUGCUGUCACUGUUCUAAGGGUGGACCAGAUAAUCAUGGCAAAGCAGGCAGGUGGACCCAAACCACCACCCCAGAAGAAGGAUUGGGAUGAUGAUGAUCAAAAUGAGUGAACAAUUUCAUCAACUUACUGUACUGUCAAUUAACUGAUAAGUACUAACAGGGCACACUUGAUGUUGAGUUUCUUUAUUUAUACAGUUUUAGUUAAGAUUAAAAAAAAUUCAUUGUGCACAGUUCAUUUCUGGUGUUCUGUCUAAUAAAGAAAUUGAACAACCAAAA